CCGGACUACAUUCUAUACAAUCAAUACUGUGCUUACACCUCAUAUAUCUCUAGGCUGUACUGAGGUAGAUUUUACGCCAAUCUACGCUCGCAGCACUCUUAUCCAAUCGCGGCUUCUAGGAUCGUCCAUCCGCGAUGGGCUUGUCUGGCGCGUGAACUAUCGGCUGCGACCUAAUGACGGACAAUCAACCCUCCCCCGAUUACUCCCGCCCACAGUUUCCUGCCCAUAGCGAACCGCGAGUAUGGAUUCUCACUGCAGGAGACUCGCCCAUUGGGAUAUCGGUUACGCGCCAGAUUCUUAAGCACGGAGACUAUGCGUUAGUGGGAUUGGCACAUACAUCCUUGGACCGGGACGAAUGCCGUCGCGAGGAGUUCGGGGAGUUCCUGGUUGAAGUUGAGAGUCACCGCGACGAAGGAUGGGCGCAACGCUUCAGGACAGUCCCUUUGGACAUCAGAAUGAUAGGGCAAUGUCAAGCCUUGGUCGCCGAGGCAGUCGCAGCAUUCGGCAAGGUAGACAUCCUACUCUGCUGUACUAGCCAGACCCUUGUCGGCGCGGUAGAGGAGCUUGCAGCUUCUCAGCAAACUUUAAACCUGGUCAAGGACCAGUUUGAAACCAAUUACUUCGGUCCUCUGAACAUCAUCAAAGCAACGCUGCCUCACAUGAGGAAGCAGAAAUCCGGUCAUAUCAUGAUUCUUUCUAGCAUUACUGCCCACAUCGGUACACCCGGCCUUGGGAUGUACUCCGCCGCUGGCUGGGCCCUGGAGGGAUUUUGCGAUAGCCUUGCAUACGAAAUCGCUCCAUUCAACAUGAAGCUCACAAUCUUCCAAUGCAGCAUCGAAAUUGGUAUCCUGACAAAUUUGAUCACCAGUGUGCCUCCCAUAGUUCCAGCGUACUCUCCUGCCGUCAAUCAUGCCCCUUUGUUCCGUGGUAUAUUGAACAGACUGAUUCCUCGUCUGCCCCACCAACAGACUCAGGGCACGGAGAACGGUUUUCAAAACUCAAAUCAAGUCAGCUCUGCUGAAGAAGGGCCCUUUUCCGCCCCCAGAGUUUUCUCCAUGUAUCCACCACUAAGUUCCGCACAUAUGGAAGUUCUGGUUGAAGAGACUGUGUACGCUAUCACAGCCAUCGGUGGUCAUGAGAACCCGCCUUCACGUCACAUAGUGGGACAAGAAGGUGUUGCAAGCGUCAAAGAGAAGCUCAAAACCGUCAGCGAAGAAAUGGAGGAUUUCAUCCAAGCAAGCUUCGCCGUCGAUUACGCUGCCGACGGUGGCCCCGGUCCGUCCAAGGAAGAUAAUAUGGCCCUGGGGGCAAACCACAAUGAAAAAGUUUGACGUUUGAAUGGCGAGCUCUCUGAAAUCUUAGCAAAGCGCUUUUUUCGAGACUUCAACUGCUAUUCCGUUGGGUAAAAAGUAGCUCUUAAGGGCUACACGUAAGGUUGAGGAGAACAUCUGGCCGAAAAUGACCAUGAGGAAAUGGCCGUCAAUGCCCGCGUUUCAACUCGUAGCCAGCAAAAAUCUCCC